AAGGAGACAAGAAUGUCACAUGACCUGCGGACCCUCCAGUGACGUCACGUUUAUGCUGCUGUGAAGAGAGAAGCAGGGAGCUGAGCAUAUUGAGGGAUUCAACGAAGUUUUGUUCUAGUUGAGCGGGAUCUUGGUUAGGCAUCAUGGGGGAGCUGUUCAGGAGCGAGGAGAUGACCCUCGCCCAGCUCUUCCUGCAGUCUGAGGCGGCCUACUGCUGCGUCAGUGAACUGGGAGAACUGGGAAUGGUCCAGUUCCGCGAUUUGAACCCGGACGUGAACGUAUUCCAGAGGAAGUUUGUGAAUGAGGUGCGGCGUUGCGAGGAGAUGGACAGAAAACUAAGGUUUGUGGAAAAAGAGAUUAAAAAAGCCAGCAUUCCAAUGGUGGACACAGGGGAGAAUCCUGAAGUGCCAUUCCCAAGAGACAUGAUUGAUCUUGAGGCCACCUUUGAGAAGCUGGAGAAUGAGCUGAAGGAGAUCAACACUAAUCAGGAGGCCUUGAAGAAGAACUUUCUGGAACUGACGGAGCUGAAGCACAUCCUCAGGCGCACGCAGCAGUUUUUUGAUGAGAUGGAGGAUCCUAACCUAAUGGAGGAGUCCUCUUCUCUACUGGACCCAAGUGAAGCAGGGCGUGGCGCCCCCCUCAGACUGGGGUUCGUUGCUGGGGUGAUUAACCGUGAGAGGAUUCCAACCUUUGAGAGGAUGCUGUGGAGAGUGUGUCGCGGAAAUGUCUUUUUGAGACAGGCAGAGAUUGAGGAUCCCCUUGAGGACCCAGCAACGGGAGACCAAGUCCACAAGUCUGUCUUCAUCAUCUUUUUCCAAGGAGACCAGCUGAAAAACAGGGUGAAGAAGAUCUGCGAGGGUUUCAGGGCAUCACUGUAUCCUUGUCCAGAGACUCCACAGGAGAGGAAGGAGAUGGCUGCAGGGGUCAACACCCGUAUUGACGACCUCCAAAUGGUGUUGAACCAGACAGAGGACCAUCGUCAGCGAGUUCUGCAGGCAGCAGCCAAGACCAUGAGGGUCUGGUUCAUCAAGGUGAGGAAGAUGAAGGCCAUCUACCACACCCUGAACCUCUGCAACAUCGACGUCACGCAGAAGUGUCUCAUCGCGGAGGUCUGGUGCCCCGUCUCCGACCUGGACUCCAUCCAGUUUGCCCUCCGCAGAGGAACGGAGAGAAGCGGCUCCACCGUUCCCUCCAUCCUCAACAGGAUGCAGACUAAGCAAACCCCGCCCACUUUCAACAAGACCAACAAGUUCACCUCUGGCUUUCAGAAUAUCGUUGAUGCUUAUGGCAUUGGUACCUAUCGUGAAAUCAAUCCAGCUCCCUACACCAUCAUCACCUUCCCGUUCCUGUUUGCGGUGAUGUUUGGAGACAUGGGCCACGGGGUGCUGAUAACCUGCGCCGCCCUGUACCUGGUCAUCAGGGAGAGCCGUAUCCUCUCCCAGAAGAGUGACAACGAGAUGUUCAACAUGGUGUUUGCUGGUCGUUACAUUAUCCUGUUGAUGGGAGUCUUCUCUGUUUACACUGGGCUCAUCUAUAACGACUGUUUCUCCAAGUCCCUCAACAUGUUUGGGUCAGGCUGGAGUGUUCGGCCCAUGUUUGGCCCCAAAGGAGCAAACUGGACGGUUGACACACUGGACUCAAACUCAGUCCUCCAGCUCGAUCCAGCCGUAGCAGGUGUCUUUGGGGGCCCUUACCCAAUGGGCAUCGAUCCUAUUUGGAACCUGGCCACCAACAAGCUGACCUUUCUAAACUCGUUUAAGAUGAAGAUGUCUGUCAUCCUGGGGGUCAUCCACAUGGUGUUUGGGGUCUCGCUCAGCCUCUUCAACCAUCUGUACUUCAAGAAGCCUCUUAACAUCUUCUUGGGCUUCAUCCCAGAGAUCGUGUUCAUGUGCAGUCUGUUUGGCUACCUCAUCCUCCUAAUCUUCUACAAGUGGGCAGCCUAUGAUGCCCUGACCUCCAAAGAUGCACCCAGCCUCCUCAUUGCCUUCAUCAACAUGUGUCUGUUCAACUACAAUGAUCCCACCAAUCUGCCUCUGUAUCGAGGACAGAUGGGAAUCCAAUGUUUGCUGGUGUUGAUAGCUCUAGGCUGUAUUCCCUGCAUGCUGGUGGUGAAGACAUUGGUUAUGCGUCGCCAGCACCUCUGGAAGAAGCACCUGUCCCAGAUGAGGGAAGCAGGCCCCGCUGAGAAUCUAGAAUCUUUAGAGCAGACAGGCACGACCUCACCCACCGGACUCACCCAACAGGGCACGCAGAAAUUCGGAGGGGUGCGGGUCGGCAACGGUCCUACGGAGGACGAGGCGGAGAUCAUCGAGCACGACCAGCUCUCCCAGCACUCUGAGGAGGGAGAUGAGCACCUUGAGGAAGAACCGUUUGACUUUGGGGAUGUAGCAGUGAUUCAGGCCAUCCACACUAUAGAGUACUGCCUGGGCUGCAUCUCCAAUACAGCGUCCUACCUGCGUCUCUGGGCUCUCAGUCUGGCCCAUGCCCAGCUUUCUGAGGUGUUGUGGGGCAUGGUGAUGCAUCUGGGUCUCUCCUCACGCAGUGGGGGUGGAUUCUUUGCCCUGACAAUCAUUUUCUCCGCCUUCGCCACACUCACCGUGUGUAUCCUGCUCAUCAUGGAGGGGCUCUCUGCAUUCCUGCAUGCUCUACGUCUGCACUGGGUGGAGUUCCAGAAUAAAUUCUACAAAGGACAGGGCUUCAAGUUCGUCCCCUUCUCCUUUGAGAGCAUCCUGAACGGGCGCUUUGAUGAAUGAGGAGCCCUUGCCCUGGAGAAUAUCAACUGUCCCAGCAGACGUCUCUGCAUGCUCCCCCAGCCAGUCGUCCUGUGGUGUAACCAGUGGAGCCUCUACUCUUGUGAAAUGUGAAAUGCGUUUGUGUGUGUGUGUGUGUGUGUGUGUGUGUGUGUGUUUGUGUGUGUGUGUGUGUGUGUGUGAGAGAGUGUGGGUGUGUGGGUGUGUGAGUGUGGGUUGUGCAUGCUCUCUGUAGUUCUAAGUUGUUCACUGUAACCCUUGACCUGCAGACACACUGCUGUCAGCCAUUUUGUCAGUGUACUGUGAUCUCUCCUACUGAUCCCUCCCUCAUAGAUGCACAUGCUGGACAGUGUGUGGUGAAAUAGUUGGCAGGGGAUUUAAAUCUCAAGCAGGCAUGCAGGGAAAAAUGUAUAGUUCUAACAUGACCCUGGCCAGGGUUGAGCCACCACAGAAAAUACCAAGGAUGCUUCAGAAGGGUUCAGAUAAUUCCUCACUCCCACAAUCAUUGACUCAGUAAUUCACCCAUCGGAUGCCAUGGCUGUGGGAUCCACCAUCUUGAAAGGCCAGACAGGGUGUGGUACAGCACCUCACUAGUCUGCUCACUUAAGGCUAGCGUUAGCCUUGGCACAGGGGGGGAUCAUGUUGUUCUGGAACCAUGCAGUGCUUUGGUCCUGGUCUUCCCCGAUCUGAGCUGUGGAAAACCGGGUGAUUCAUUCGACUGUAAGGGACAACAGAUGGAUCGGAAGAGGCUGAGUCAGAAUGCUAGUAGACGGAUGAGGCAAUCCAGUCUGUGGAGGUGUGCCACCAGUGUCUAUCCUUUGACACCAAACCGAGGGGGAAAGAGUGGCCUGUAACAUGUAUGGGAUGACAGGGAUUCCCCCUGAUUCUGUUUUUCCUGUUGCUCUUUGCCAUUGUCAUUCUUCACAGGCUGUUACUGUUGGACAGAUGAACAGCUGAGAGGGGGGAAAUGAAAGCAGAUGUUUCCUUUGUCAAAGGUAUUACCUAAUUGCAAUGGAGUGUGGUGCCUGCGCAUGUCUGUGAGAGGAUCUAGAUUACAUGAUGUGUUGGGGCAGGAUAGCUGGCAGGAUUGCAGUAAUGCACACCUGCCUAAUUCUGAAAGGAGCAAGCCUGACUUGUAGCUGUUUUCUAAAAGACCCGCAAUGCCGUUCAGAUUGCAAAGACAUUUUUUUUUAUAACAUCGCCCUCUAGUGAGCUCUUUCGGCACAGACAUGAUAUUCCAGACAGCGGCUUAGUCUGGGCGGAAUCCGGGCCAGAUCAGGGCCAGAUCCGGCGCAGAGGCAGACGCUCUUUAGCCCUGCUAGCUAGUCUCUCUGCCAAAUCCGGACCCCCAGUGGUUAUGCAACUUAAAAUAAUGAUACAUGGGGCAAUGUUUUGAGCAAUGGUGCCAGGCAAUCACAGAACUGGUUCCUAGUGUUCCAGUUGGAUGAUUGCAAAAAGUUGCCCACGGCUGAUUAAAGUUCAGUAUUAGUGGUAAAGUGUGCCAACAAUAUUCUCAGCAGCAUUGCUCAUACAGUUGCCCUGACGAUCAUCCCCUUUAGAUGUGGUGGAAACAGAUAAACAUAUUGCACAAUACAGCAGAUAAUGAUGAAGUGUGCAUACCAGAGUCAUUUACUUCACAAACACAUAUUGCAAUGAAGAGAGACUCAUCUCACCCCAUCAUAUCGAGCACGCAACACUGCACACAUUAUCCCGAUUGUGCAAUAGCCCUGAAUAUCACAAAUAUUCCACGGAGAGUCAGGAGAUGGUGUUCCAUCACAAAUUGUUGUGCUGUACACCUAGAUAGGAAAUUGUGGUUUGCUGUGGUUUUGUGCCGUUGUCAAUAAAAACACAUAUCUCUUUGUGUGAACUCGUGUGGUAGGCCUCAGUCUGCUGAGUCAUGAUAAAUAUGGUUGUAUUUCAAGUCAUCGCUAACAUGGAAGUGGGUUUUUGUCACUGUUGUUACAGCAGAUGUGUGUGUGUGUGUGUGUGUGUCGUUCCCAGUGGGGGCCCCCCUUUAAAUGGAAGAUAUUGUGACUAUUCUGACGCUGGUCUCCACUCUGUUGUAUGGUGUGUGUGUUGCUCUGCCCUUGUGAAUCACAAAGUGUUUGUGAACCUUCUCAAUAAAGUACAACUGCUGGGACAGUA